CCGGCGGUUUCCCUGCAGCUACUGCGUGGGGAGCAUGGGAGCGUGGGAGUUUUGUGGUGGCCUCCGCCUCCUUUGUCGCGUCUCGGCUGGGCGUGGCUUCACGCUGCUUCUGCCGGGUUGGGCGAGGUUGUCAGUGCUCCCGGGCUGGUGAGUGUGGCUGUUUCAGAGCUGUUUUGGAGAAAGAAGCCGUCACCUCAGAUUCUCAGAGGAGCUUGAGGGAGAAGUGGAAAGGCGUGGCAGCGGACUCGGAGACUCUCCACUCGAAGUGUUGUCCAAACGUGGGGACUUAAGGAGCCCUUCGUUUCCCCAGAUGGCGUCCACGCUCCCCACAUCGGAUGAGCAGGGACGGCUGCUAUUUGAAGAUCUGGAUGUGUACUUUUCUCAGGAGGAGUGUGUGAGUCUGCCCCCUGCUCAGAAGACCCUCAGCAGAGAAGCCCCCCCAGAGAGCUUUGAGACUUUGGACUCGAUAGGAGGGGAAGACCGGACUGAGAGCAGUCAGAAGUUGAGCCUCAAGCCUGUGGAACAUGAAGAGCUGUCCCUAGAAAAGGCCUCCAUUGCUGCUCCCCUUGUCCACUACUCUGAGCAAUCUGAGCAGGAUGAUGAACUGCAUGAAUACAAAAUGUCAGGUGGAAAGUUGACUUGCAAGACCAAACUUACAAGCCUCUUGGUUACCAUUGACAACCAAACCCCAUUAGUAGAGUUAUCUCAAUGUUUAGGAGUCAAAACACUUUCAGAUAUUAUUGAAGUUCCUUGGGAAGAAGCCAAAAAUGUGUACAAGUGUCCUGACUGUGACCAAAGCUUCAGUGAUAAUACAUACCUUGUUUUGCAUCAGAAAAUUCAUUCAAGAGAGAAAAAGUAUAAAUGUAGUACCUGUGAGAAGACCUUCAGUCACAGAACCAACCUGAGGACACAUAAGCGAAUCCACACUGGUGAGAAGCCUUACAAGUGUGCAGAGUGUGCUGCCAGCUUCCGACAGCAGUCACACCUGUCCAGGCACAUGAAUAGCCAUUUAGAGGAGAAACCAUAUACAUGCAGUGUAUGUGGGAGAGGUUUUAUGUGGCUCCCAGGAUUGGCAGAACAUCAGAAGAGUCAUACUGAUAAGAAAUCUUAUGAAUGUUCUGACCACGAUCAGGAAACAAAUCUGACUUUGCCUGAAGAAAGAGGCUCAUCAGACACCCCACCCCAGCACACACACUGUGUGAAAACCCUGGAGCAGCCCUCAGACCGUGCUCUCCCUGAGAAAGGCCGUAAGGAGGACCCUGAACACCGCAGUGCUGACGAUGAGGACUUUUUCUCGUUCUCCAGAUUCAAGCCGUUACAGUGUCUUGACUGUGAGAUGACUUUUCCUUGUUUCUCGGAGCUUGUCUCUCACCAAACCGUUCAUGACCUGGAAAAACCUCAUAAGUGCAAAACGUGUACAAAAACUUUUGCUUCAGAGUCAGAACUUGUAUCCCAUGAGAAGAGCCACAGAAGAGAAGAGCCUUUUAAAUGUACGGUGUGUGGGAAGAGCUUCAGCGUGAACAUGCAGCUCGUCACUCAUAAACGUACCCAUAGGAGAAAUAGCAAGUAAAUACAAGCCUUUGCUUGCAUUGGGCUCUUUGGUGUCUGUGUGAUGGUAAAUACUGAGGUGCAUAGGGCACUAUGCUAAGCAAGCACUUUACACACAUUCUAUGGAAUGUUGCAGUAUUAUUUAUCACAUCUGAUCAGAUCUGAGGAGAUAAAUCAGUGUUAUAUAGAUAGUAUGUGAAGCCAAGAUUUGAACCCAGUUACUGAUCAAAUUCCAUUUAUAUGAGCCAGGGAAACGUAAAACUAUAAAAUUCAGUUUUUGACUGCUGGGUAUGGUGGCUCACACCUUUAAUUCCAGCAUUCAGGCAGCAGAGACAGGAGGAUUUCUGUGAUGUAAAGGCCAGCCAAGUCUACAUAGUGUGUUCCAGUCAAACCAAGGCUACAUAGAGGGACUCUUUCAAAAAACCAAAAUAAUUCAGUUUUUUUUAAGAUGAAGGUUGUUUUACAAUUUUUUCUUUAAAAAUGUUAUUUCUAAGAAUAUUUUAGGAAGAGGAAAUUUAUUUUUUGCCAGUUCUAUUACAUGAUAUAUCUAGAAAAAUGAAUGUUUUUAUAUUUAUUUGUAUGCUUUUCUUGUUAAAGCUAUUUCAGUGUAGUGGUUUUUUUUGUUGUUGUUGUUUUUUUUAAAUGUGAAUUUCUAGUUUAGGGCUCCAUAUAAAGUUACCAAAUUUUCAACUUCUUUAAAAUGUGCGUAUGGAGCAAGCAGGGAGGCACUGUUUUAAAGUGUAUGGGGAGAGGGCCUUCUUGCUCAGGGAGCCCAGGCUGGCCUCAAAAUCAUCAUUUUCCUGUAUUCCUCUUCCACGAGCUAACAUUCCUGGUCUAUGCCACCAUGAGUAGGUAGUUAACAGCUUGAUGGCAGGAUUUGUGACUUCCCACUUUCCAACUUGAUGGCAGGGACGGUCCUGACACUCUGUACCUGUUCCUUUCUAAGGGGGUUUGCCUCCAGACCCCCCGAAGCACAUUCCAGGCUGGCUAUGAGUCGUUAGAACUACUUUUUAGAGAGCACGCUAAGUACUGUGGUUAUAUUAUUUUGUUUAAUCUUCAAAAAAAAAGUCUGAGACCGUCCAUGUUUUAUAGAUUAACAGAAGCUUUCAGAGGGUAAAGUCCGUCCUUUGCUAAGCACAUUGCAACGAGGCUGACAUCUAAAUUCAGUGACACUGCACUACUCCCUGUUGGUGUUUGUGCCACAUGUUAAUCCUACUAAGAGACAAGGAAGCAGGGAGGAGGGGGAGACAUCCUCAUGGAGGCUGCCCUGGGACUUACUACCUGGAGCCCAUUGUGGCCUUUGUUUUAUCCAGAGCUUUAUUUCAUUGCUCUUAAAAAGCCACAGAAGAUUCUACAGCUUCAUGCUUGAAUUCCUUGUGAGUAUAUUAAAUCAGAUUUCUUUAAAUUAUAACUCUUCUUCUCCAUCUCCAAAGACAAAUACAUAUCGCAUUGUUGAGUUUUUAACUAAAAUAGUAACAUAUAUACCUUUAGGUACUGGUAUUACAGAUAAAUAUUAGAACAAAAUCUUGUCAUACGGUGUGGUUAUUAAAAGAACCAAGAAUGUUGUAAGUAUACAUUCAUAUAGAACUACACUUUACAGCAAAAUGGAUUAUAUACCUAUUAGUAAAAUUAUCUAUAUGGUCUUUUGAUUAGUAUAAAAGGAAGAUUUCAUUCUGUUUAAAUGGACUAUAAAAACAACAGUAUUUACUAAAAUAGAAUUACUGCUGGGAAAUUUCAUGAACAAAAAGCCCUCUUGAAGGCCAGUGGCUGCAACAUAGUAAGGCAGUGUCUCUUCUAUAGAAGAACAGAUGGAGAACUUCAUGUACAAAAAGACACCAGCUGUGCAACUAAAUUCUUAAUACUAGGGACAGGAAGAGCACUGUUGCUGGGUGAGAUAAACUGAAGUCAACAGCCUUGCCUCAUUUGUGGUUCCUCUCCUGGCUGUUGCCCCUCUCCUAGAGGUCACUGUUUCAGCUGAUCCACAGUUGAGACUGUAUGCUCUGUAUGUCAAGGUCAGACUUGGCUGCUUUCUCCACAUUUAGGAUGUAAAGCAUCAUUCUGUCAGGGAGUUGAGCGUCUUAAUGGCUUUCAGGUCUCUUCAGCCCUCUGUCAGAGAUGCUUUGAAUUGUAUAGAAAGGUAGGCUCAAGUUUUCACCUAACCCUGGGAUAUAGUGGUUGUUAGACAGCAACACUUAGUGGUUGUUAGGAGAGCAUUAGCUUCCUACUCUGUUGCUUCUCAAGGGAGGAACUGCUAUGGUGCCUCAUGGGCUCUAUGUUUGAGUGAAGCCUGAAGAGUUGAAGGACAGGGAGUAAAACUGGAAAAGAGCCCCUUACUCGUGAGAGUUGCACCGAAAGAAAUGAAAAAAAAAAUGGCUGAUAGAAAGGUUGGAAGUUGUCACCUUUUUAUUUGUUUUUGGCACUAAAGAAAUACCAAAGAAGUUGAAUUUAUGCUUCUGGACAUGCUGUACAUCAUUUUUGUUUUGUUUUGUUUUUCAAGACAGGGUUUUUCUGUGGUGCUCUAGCUGUCCUGGNCCUGGCUCUAUAGACCAGGCUAGCCUCAACUCAAGAGACCGGCCUGCCUCUGCCUUGAGCCGCUGGGAUUAAAAGUGUGCGCGCCACCACUGCCCGGCCCUGCUGUACAUCUUAACAUGGAAUUCACAAUUUACCUCUCAGUGUUGUGGUUUUUUUUACAUUCUCCAGAUUUUGAAAGACCACUCACAAAAGAUAGGAUAAAAAGAGGACUUUUACAAAAACUAUUACUAUAUGCGAGAGUAGUUAAAUAGACUUUGAUAUAAUAGUAUUGGUGAUUGGUAUGCAGAAAAAAUGAAAAACUAUUAUGUCAGUUACUGUGAAAUAUUUUUAGUUAUUUCCUUAUCGUGUGCUUGUUCCUAAAAACAUUGGUUGUGUUAUUCUCAAGCCGUUCUGCCUCUAAGAGUUGAAGAAAAAACUGUGGUGUUUGGGCUACCUUUAUGGUGAAGGCCUUCUCACCCUCCUCAUAAUAUUGCCAAGUAGGGUAGAUGCCACACGAUUUCUCUUAACCCGUGGUAUUAGCAAAUCAUAUAGGUGCUAAUAACAAAUACUGGAUGCAGUCAAUACAGGGAUAUAAAGUGGAAUGUAAGAGCCUAUUGCUAUGAAUGUAGCCAACUACAUGUUGUACAGGAAUGCUGAUGUUAUGAAGUGUGGAAACUUGGUAUUGAAGAUGUGAACUCAAAACUUUGUGGAUUUUUUGAUGCCAUGAUAAAAAUGUGACUAAAACUGUCCCUUACCA